AUGAGAACAGACUUCAACCGGCACGCACCGCCCAAGUUCCAAGGAGAAGCUGAACCCGAAAAGGCUGAUCUAUGGGUUCAGGAGAUGGAGAAGAUCUUUGAGGCACUCCAUACCCCGGAUGCCGAGAAGGUCAACUUGGCCACUUUUAUGCUGAAGGGUGAUGCUGAGUAUUGGUGGCGUAGUGCCAGACAGCUGAUGAUGGCCAACCAUGAGGUCAUCACUUGGGAGUCUUUCAGAAAGGCGUUCAUGGAUAAGUACUUCCCGGAAACAGCAAGGGAAGAAAUGGAGAACAGGUUCCUCAGCUUGAGGCAAGGACCUACCUCUGUGGGAGAGUAUGCUGCACGUUUGGAAGCCCUAUCCAAACACUUUCGAUUCUUCCAGAACCAGGUGGAUGAGGCUUACCUAUGCAAUAGGUUCAUGCGAGGGUUGAGGAAUGAGAUUGAGAAGGCUGUGAGGCCUUUGGGAAUCAGGGUCUACCAACAGCUAGUGGAGAAGGCCCGUGAAGUCGAGGCUAUGGAAAACAGGCAGAGAGGCCGCCCAGAGUACGGAGGAUCAGUACGCCCGGGACAGAAUCAACCGGGAAGAUUCAAUGGACAGAGACCAGUGGGGAAGUUCGAUAAGGGCAAGGCGCCAAUGAGAAAGCCUUACCAGCGCCCAGCUGCCCAAGUGCCAAAUGUUGUGAGGGGAGCAGCCCCUGUUUCAAAGGAAGAUGUGACCUGCUACAAGUGCAAUGAGAAAGGACACUAUGCUAAUGAAUGUGGCAAGGAGAUUGUAUGCUGGAGAUGCCGAAAACCAGGACAUGUGGAGAGAAAUUGCCCGAGUGCUGCUAAAGCUGAGCCAGUGCUGAAUACCGCCAGAGGGAGACGACCAUCUGCUCCAGGUCGUGUCUUUGCUAUUUCUGGCGAACAGGCCGCUGUUACUGAUGACCUUAUCCAGGGUACGUGUCUUAUUGCUGGGACAUCACUAAUGGUUUUAUUUGAUUCGGGUGCCACGCACUCAUUCAUUGCUGAGGACUGUGUGGAGAGGUUAGGGUUACUGACUGCUGACCUACCCUUCGAUCUGGUGGUGACAACCCCUGCCGCUGAUCGACUAGUUACACGCACGGCAUGCUUGCAAUGUCCGUUGGUUUACGAGGAUCGGAAGUUCUUUGCGAACCUCGUCUGUUUAGGGCUCAAAGAACUGGAUGUGAUCUUGGGAAUGGAUUGGUUAGCGCAAUAUCACGUGGUCUUAGAUUGUGCUAACAAGGCGGUAGUAUUCCCAGAUCCCGGUGUUACGGAUUACUUAAACUCGUACAACUUGGGGAAGGGUUCACCGGCGUAUGUGAACUCUAUCGUUGCCGAAGCGAAACAUGAUGGUGAUGUGCGCAAUAUCUUGGUGGUACAGGAGUAUGUCGAUGUGUUUCCCGAAGAUGUACCCGGUUUGCCACCAGUCAGAGAGACGGAGUUCUCUAUUGACAUUGUGCCCGGUACUGGACCAAUAUCGAUGGCACCUUAUCAUAUGGCCCCAGCGGAGUUGGUAGAGUUGGCAAAGUAG